CUUCUCCAACGAGGUAGGCAACUAAGGAAUUUCUGACCCAAACAUUUGACCCUUACGAUGGAUGGGGGUUUCAUCAUGGAACCAGAUUUAACCCAGGCUGUAAGGAUAGUUCUCAAGUAUGAGAUACAGUCUCUGUUAAGUCGCCUGUCAGAGACUGGUGAAGAGUAUAUUGUACUGACGGCCAGUACUGGGGAAGGUACAUGUGGGCACAUCGGGUCUGUGAAAGGAGAAGGAUUUGCGAAAUCUUCUGGUCUUCAUACUGUUAAACAAGAAUUUCUCAGCUUCUGUACAGGUAAGGAAAAGUCACCACCACCACCCCCACCUGUUUUGAAUGCCAACUCAACACCGAAGCCAAAUAGACGCAAAUCCACACCGAGAUGUAAGUUCCAGAAAAGUGUAGUUGUUAUGCCAGUGGAUGAUCCUCCAGCUCCAGAAAUCUCUAAGUCUGUCAAAGAAACCGAUCUCUCAUCAUCGAGUCUGGUAGAUUCAGCAUGUGCCUUAGAUCUAAGCGAGAAAUCUGGUGGAUAUUCAUACACCCUGGAAAGCAAAGAUAACGUAAUGAAGUAUAAUGGUAAUGCGUCUCAGAGUACCUUUCCUGGUUUUCAGUAUGAAGAGUUAGACAAUAAUAACGAGUCUUACAACAUAAAGUUACCACGAUUCACGUGGCAAGAUGAAAAACUGAAGUGUGUCAGUGAAGAGGUACCAGAGAGCAGUGUGCAAAGUUUUCCUGUUAAAUUUGAAAAAGAUUUACCUGAUCAGAAUACUAAUGCCGUCCUCGAUCAUAUGCCUUUUGUGGAUGUUAAGGCAUAUGGGGAGCUUAGUAUAUUUGAGAGAGGUAGGCAGCAACUGAGUUUGCAGAAAAGAAGAAAAAAUAGAAAAGCACCGGCGAAAACACAGAAGAAGGAUGUAAAUCUAGAAUCAAAUUUAGAUCCAGCCAGCAGUUCAGUUGUGAAAAUGGAAAAUGAAAAUGCAGUAGGCUUCGACAAUCAAAUGUCUAGUUUGUUAAAUGUUACGAAAAUGAGUGAAGAAGAAAAUCCAGAAACAGUGAACAAUCAUUCAGAUCUUAAAUCAGGAGCUAAUGUUAAUAUUAGAAAAACAUCCAAAAAGCACAGUAUUAAUGAUAUAGCUGAUAUGAAAAGCGCAUUUGAAGAAAUUGGAAAUAUGGCCAAAUGUUUGAUCUGUAAUAAGAUUCUCGCCAAUAAGAACAAUCGUACAUUUCAUUGGAGGUCUCAUGUUGGUGACAAAAGAUACACUUGCGACAUCUGCAACAAAGCUUUCACUCAUCCAUCCAACAUGAGAUCACAUCGAAAAAUCCACACUGAUGAGAAGCCAUUUCCCUGUGAUCUCUGUGAGCGGCGAUUUCGACGUCGCGACUAUCUACUCCAACAUUUGGAACGCUUUCACUACAAUCCUAAACAGUCAGCUGAGAAAUCUCUUGUUGAAGGUGAAAGUAACAGCAGCUAAACAAAAAGCAUUUUAUCACAAUGUACAGCUCUGAAUGCCUUAAUAUAAGGUAUUUUUGAAUGGUGAUUUAAUAUUAGCUGAAGUAUUCAUUUUUCCUUAGUUUUAUCUACAAUCACUUUGUUUUAGUUUGACUUUAGAAACAUUUUGUACAGAGAGUUUGUCAUUUUUCUGUGAAAAACAAGAACUUGUGUAUUGCGGGUAGGUACUGUAGAGACCCAAAUGAUUGAUAACCUGGAAGAGAAAUUUUCAUAGCAUCCUACAUUAUGAUGAUUAAUAUCUGAAUACUUAAAAUUUUAACAGAUUUGAAUUUUAUGAAGAAAGUUAAAAUGCCUACUCUUAUAGUGAAACUGUAUAGAAUAUCAAUUUUAUUAACUCAAUGGAUCUUUUAAGCGAGGAUUAGUGGUAAAGGCCAUGUUCUUCAAAGCAUUUGCCCCUCAGUGUUACACUUUCAAAACCCUGUUAAGGUUAGGAUGUAGGAUUCUUCAAUAUGAGAGAGGUUACCAGCAGACUUGUGAUUGGUAAUAUAGUAUGUGGAGGACGUCUUUCUUUGCUAAUAACUGGUAUUAGUGGUUAUAACUUGAAACCCACCUAAACAAAACAGCACUAGUACAUCUUUGUCUGUCCUAGCAGGGCCUCCAUCAAUGCUGUUUGGUUAAUGUUACUGUCUUCAAAUUACUUGCCCUUCAUCUCGGUGAAUUUGAAACCCCACUUUGGAUUUAGAUUCCUUUAUGUAAGGAAGCUGUCCAGCUGUCUUACUAGUGGUCAAUUGCUCUGCCCCUAUGUCCAGAUCAGCAUCUGUGGUCUUCCUCCACCUUUAUAAUUAGGAACAUUGCCAUAUGAUUUAAAUUCUGCUGGUGAAACUGAACAUCCAAACAACAAACUAAUUGUCUAUUUGUGUGCUAUGGAUUUACAAAGUGACAUAUUCAGUGGGCAUCUGGUUGAUAUUCAUGUAAUCCAGUAAGAUGAAACAAGACAUAUAUUUCAGAUGUAGGGGAAUUGUUUUGGCAUAAUAUUGUUUAGUUUUCAUCUUUAGCUGUAUAGCUCAUUGGUAUUCUCCAUUUGCUGGAAAUUUUUGCCUGUGGUAAUUUGGCAGAUGUACUAAUCUUGUGUUGGUGUUACUAAAUCCAUACUAUAUGUUUGUGUAAAGUUGAAACAAAGUUUAAAUGUAUAAUGUACAUUCUUAUUUUACUGUACCAUGCAUAUCCAGAUUAAUUGGUUAAUUAAUAUUUUUUUCAUGAUUAAUGUAAUGUAAUUACAAUUAUUGUAUAUUUUGUAAGGUUAGUGUGUAUUUGUAAUCAAAACAUAUCAAAACUUUAACACAUUCCUAGUGUUAUUGCUCAAAUAUUUUGUAUUUAGUUACUGUUAAAUUUUAUAUGAUUUUAUAAAUCAAUUUUUCUUUCUCUCACCUGAAACAGUAUUGUUCCUGUAUAGACAAUCAUUAUCACUGUAACAAUUGUGUUCUUCUGUAAUAGAUAGAUUUUAUUAACAUUUCCAGCCAUUUCACUCAUACACCAAACUGGAUUAUAGGAUCUGAACUGAUGUUGUUUAUUUUACAUUUUGUAAUCAGUAAGUGCUACAUUUGCGCCAAAUUUUUAUCCAAAUUUCUGUUCAGAAAUGUGUGAACGUAACCUUUUCCACAUUUUUAACCAAAUCUGUUUACCCAACUAGGAUUUCAGCUUGUGCAUCUUUUUGUUUCGAUUUGGUUUAACCUAUGGGUUUGUUCUGGCAUGAAUAAAAUAGCCUAUUGAUCAAAAUACAAUCAGAUUUAUUUCAGUUCAGUGUAUAUGUGAAAUGGUCUUUAUACAUAUAUUUGUGUAGUUUGUUUCUGUGAAAUUAUAAAAAAAAUUUGGACCUAUUUUAUUUAGAGAUAGUACCUAAGUUUUUCAAAUCAUAGGUUUGAAGUUAAAAAGCUUUGAAAUGAAGACAAGUGUCCAUAUAUUUUUCAAAAACAGAAAUAUAGACAAUAUUUUAACCAGAAGUGUGGAGUUAUGAGCAUUUAAUAUUUUCAUGUUAAAGAAAAUUUUGUGAUCAAGGAAAUGUAACUCUUCUCGAACAUGGAGAGCAUAAACAUCAAAGGGACAUAAUAUAGUGAAUAUUUACUAAUUGGGUGCAUUUGAUUUAACAUUCAACUUUGAUCUGGAUUGCUAAAUAAUGAUCCAUGAUACUGUGUGCUAAAAAAAUAGAACAUCUGGAACAGUCUAUUAACAGCAAAACUAUGCUGUAGCAGAAUGCAAAUAGUGAAGCUCUAACUGGGACUCGAACCCAGGACCUCUCACACCUAAGGCAGACACUCUACCACUUCCCUAUCCAGUAACAGCUAAUAGCUAUGCAGUUUAAUUGCCUGGAUUACAUUGCGUGAACUGGAACAAUAAUCGGUGACUCCGGAUUAUCGGCGUAUUCGCUUUGUUACCUAACGGCAAUUUCCGUGUAAAGAAAAAAUAUAAUCUAAUGCUGCCAACGUCAUAAUCGGUCAAAUCUGCCCAGAUUUCUCUGACGUGUUGUUCAGAGUAUGAACUUACUAACUGGUAGUACCAGUGAAAUAUAACUUACACUGAAUCUUUUAUAUUUGCCCUUUUAGCAGCUGUCGAACGGAAAAGACCGUGAGCUUUGUCCAAAUAUAAGUAAUUAUUUUACCAGUUUUGAGAGGAUUUCAAUUGAUGGGAAAUUACAGUUACAAACUAGAUACCUUUCUGCAACACAUGGAGUCAUUAGCAUUCACUGUCAAUAAGUAUUAUGACUAAGAUCGAGUGUCAUUCAUACAUUUCAAAGAUUAUAGACAGAGUCUUUUGUUUACAUUUUUAAUCGUAACCGGUGCAUUUGUAAAAAUCACUUUAGUUUGAAAAAUCAAAGUAUGCGAAGAGCUAUGGUACGGUCUCUAUUUUAUUGUAGCUUCAGUCCACAAAAUAAAAUCCCUGUGAUCAAACAAAAUGGCCAUGCAUUAUAUCAUAAAAAGUUGAAAUUCCUGAUUUUAUAUUUCUACAAAGUAGGCCUUUUUAACUCCAAAAACCACAAAAUUACAUGUAAAUGAUUUCACAGUGUAGUUAUUUCAUAUACAUGUAUCAGUUUAAUCUCAUAUGAACAAAUGUGACAGUUUGUGAUGCUGUGAUACUUCAGAAAAUAGAGAGGUUUUAGAUUUUAACACACAUACAGUAUAUGUACACAUACAAGAAAUGAUAUUUUAAAAAAAAGGACAAUGAUGCCCCUUUUCCAACUUAGAAAAUUUUAUUAAAGCUUUUUUAUAUAAGCUAGUACAAGGUAAAACUGCUUCAGAUAGUUAAGCAUUCUGUCUUUAGCUUUUGUUUUGUUUGUUGAAUUGUUUUCAAUAACAGCGCAGGUUUAUAAUUUGAGAGCGUUUACUUGUUUUACCAUAAGAUAGAAGUCAAACUUAAAUUCUGCCAUUUGAUUCAAAAGCACAGCUGUGUUUGAAAACAAAUUGUGAAUUGUUAUUGUUGUGUUUGUGGUGAUUAUAAAUUUCUAAAUGUAGGUUAUCUCUGCUCCAAAAUGGGGUUGUCUUUUUAAUUCUACAGAUAUUAGAGUAUAAGUUGUGUAAUUUCUUUUGGAGUAGUAAUAUGCUAGGUUAUUUCUGCUUACAGUAUGUUUUUAAACCUUGUAUGAAAUCCUGUUAGUUUCAUUGUAGAUAUUUGUUAGUCUUUGUUGCAAGUUAUGUUCAAUCGAGAUCUCUCUCGUUCACUCAUUUCUUUGAAUUUAUCAGAUAGAAGUUUAUUUUUAUUUUUAAUAGGUAAAAAUCUGUAAUUAAAGAAAAUAUUAAUUUCUAUACUAUGCUUUCUUUUAACUAUUGUUUUACACAAUGGGUAUCAUUUUAUAACAAACACUCCAUAUAACCAGAAGUCCAUGUUGUUUGAGUUUUUGUCUUUUUGUGCUCGUUAUACAUUUUAUUUUUGAAUGUAAGUGUAUAUGAUUUUUGUUCAUUUUGAUACAGAAUUGUUAGAAGUAGGUCAUUUAUCUAAUAUUUAAAUGUGCUAGAAUUAGAUCUUAAAUUUGUUUUAAUCUUAUUCUUUGUUUUUGUUAGAUUUUAUACAAGUUAUUUAUAUGUUUUAUAAGAAUCAAACAUUCCAUCAACUAUUUUGUGAUAAGAAGUGUUAGGUUGUAUAUAUUGCUAAAACAGUAUCCGUUAUAGUUAAACUGUAUACAAUAUAUUCUACAGAAAUCCCUGUAUGUGAUACAACAAAAAGAAGUAAUUAGAGCAGCAUUGUAACUGACCGCUUUCUUGUGAUUUCAUACUCAUUCACACGGUUUCAAACUUACUAAAGCUUAUAGUGUAAUCACGUGACUGGUUCCUUUCUUCUGUCUGAUGAAUACUAUUUUUAAGAGGAGGAAAAUACAUGAAUUAUUUCUGCCUCUCCAUAUGUCAGACAUUUUUGUGGCUCAUAAAUAAUGAAGUAUUUGACCUAGAUUUGACAGAUAUUGGGCACCUGGGGUUUUAUAUGAGACUCAACAAGACCAGAGUUAUGCCUUUGCAUCAGAAAAGAAUAUGUGUAAAUAGCCAGAUUAUGUGACAUGUAUCUCAGAAAGUAUAAAAGGUCUAAACGUUUAUGUCGCAUGUAUCUCAAAACGUGUUUGACAUAAGCAUGAAUGUUCCAGGAAUAUUGUCCAACAUGUAAAGUUUUGCACCUGGAAUAAAAUUUGAGAUUUUCCUCCACACCUACCCCACCCUCUAACAAACACUUUUUCUACUCUUGUUGUAUUGUAGUAUCAUACACCCCACUCACUAGCACCCAACACGAAAUGUUUUUAUGCCUCCGGCAUCUACUGAUGCGGGAGGCAUAUAGUGAUCGUCCUGUCCGUCCGUCCUUCCGUCCAUUCAUCCGUCCGUCCGUACGAGGUUAACCAAAUGGGACCGUUUCGUCUAGCAUCAAUACCCCUUACUAGAAUGACUUGAUACUAAUGCAGAUGUAACCUGUGACCAUUCCUCAUCUUCAGACAUCACCUGACCGCAGUUUGACCUUGACCUUGACCUCAUUUCGGACUUAGGUUGCUUUAUAUAGGCCAUCUCCUGGUUAACCAAAUGGGACCGUUUCGUCUAGCAUCAAUACCGCUUACAAGAAUGAAUUGAUACUAAUACAGAUGUAACCUGUGACCAUUCUUCAUCUUCAAACAUCACCUGACCUCAUUUUGACCUUGACCUUGACCUCAUUUUCGACUUAGGUUGCUUUAUAUGGGCCAUCUCUUGGUUAACCAAAUGGGACCGUUUCGUCUAGCAUUAAUACCACUUACAAGAAUGAAUUGAUACUAAUACAGAUGUAACCUGUGACCAUUCCUCAUCUUCAAACAUCACCUGACCUCAGUUUAACCUUGACGACUCAUUUUGGACUUAUGUUGCUUUGUAUCGACAAGGAUGCCACCGGGGGCAUCAAGCGUUUACUGAAUGGAGCUCCUUGUUUUCUCACUGUUUCAGUUUCUUACACUUAUUUGACUGUUAACACCAUCUAAGCAUAAAGUUUCAAGUUUUGAUUUCUUUCUUAACAAUGAACAUGUUAUUAAAGUUUACUUUGUCUUGCAUUGUCAACAACAAACACAUAACCAUACAGUAACAGUAAGUGGGGACACCAGUGUGAUAUGGACACACAUCUUCCUUGUCACAGUCUCUGCUUUCAAAAAUUGAAACAAAUUGAAACAUGAUGAUGAUAGCUUUAUCUCCAGCAAGCAAGAUCUUGUUCCAUGAUCAUUAAAAGUAGCAAAAUUUCUUUUUAUGCCCCCGGCAUCUACUGAUGCGGGAGGCAUAUAGUGAUCGUCCUGUCCGUCCGUCCGUACGAGGUUAACCAAAUGGGACCGUUUCGUCUAGCAUCAAUACCCCUUAAUAGAAUGACUUGAUACUAAUGCAGAUGUAACCUGUGACCAUUCCUCAUCUUCAGACAUCGCCUGACCUCAGUUUGACCUUGACCUCAUUUUGGACUUAGGUUGCUUUAUAUGGGCCAUCUCUUGGUUAACCAAAUGGGCCCGUUUCGUCUAGCAUCAAUACCGCUUACAAGAAUGGAUUGAUACUAAAACAGAUGUAACCUGUGACCAUUCCUCAUCUUCAAACAUCACCUGACCUCAGUUUGACCUUGACGACUCAUUUUGGACUUAGGUUGCUUUAUAUGGGCCAUCUCUUGGUUAACCAAAUGGGACCGUUUCGCCUAGCAGCAAUACGGCUUACAAGAAUGAAUUGAUACUAAUACAGAUGUAACCUGUGACCAUUCCUCAUCUUCAAACAUUACCUGACCUCAGUUUGACCUUGACCUCGUUUUGGACUUAGGUUGCUUUGUAUCGACAAGGAUGCCACCGGGGGCAUCAAGCGUUUAUUGAACGCAGCUCAAUGUUCUAGUCUCAGGCAGGUCAAUUAUUGUAUAAACAAAUGGUUGUGAAUGACACUCGUAUACCAAUGAAGUAUAUGAUACCAAUGACUGUCGACAGGGAAUGUUGACAUAAAAUGUUUAAUUUAUAUAUGACUAAGUUUCUUUCUGAAUUUUUUGCUCAAGGUUGAUUUAUUUUUUAACAAUUUGUUUAAUUGCUCCAAAUAUGAACACAUUAUCUUUUUGCAUCGACAUAUCAAGGAUUUUCUGAUAAACUUUCACAUGGAUAGAUUCUUUUUCUUUAAUUCUUGCUUUUUGUUUUGAAAGAAAGAGUCUUAUGGGUCAGACAGUAUUUCAUAGAUUAUAUUUAACCUGUCUGUCCAGCUCAGUAGGGAGAGCACAGGUAUAUUGAUUGUCAGGUUGUGUGUUCGAUCCCUGGCAAAGUGUGUAUUUUUUCUAUGAUAAACUGAUAGAAAACUUUCGUGUCUGAAAUAAUUUGACCUCCACCUGACUGAUGUGGAGAAGUUGGCAGUUACCAGCAUUGAUAUUGAGUCCAGGAAUUCUGUUUAGGUUAAAUGCCAAUCAUUUCUUAACUGAAAUUUUGUUGAUACAUGGAAGUAAACCCAAAACAAACAUGCGAUAGAUAUUUAAAUUCAGUUUUAUGAAAAACAUUGUUUUCUUUCACUUUUUUUGUUGAGACUAUUUAUAUUCAAUAUAAAAAUUGGUUGUGUGACUUAACAUAUUCCUUCCCCAGUAGCAAAAAUAGGGGAUAUACAAGUUUUCAACUUGACUAUUGAAAGAAUAGCUAGAGCUAUUAGACUCACCCAUGCAUUGGCGUUGGUGUCUGUGUCGGCGUCCCGAUUUGGUUGUUUUUGUAUGUAAAUGUAUCUCAGUAACCACUUAUGGGAAUGGAUUGAAACUUCACACACUUAUUUACUGUGAUAAACUGACUUAUAUUGCAUAGGUUCCAUGGCUAUAUUUUGCUUUUUUACAAAAUUAUGCCCCUUUUCGACUUAGAAAUUUUUGGUUAAGGUUUUAUAUGUAAGCUGGUAUCUCAGUAACCACUGAUGGGAAUGAAUUGAAACUUUCCACACUUUUUCACUGUGAUGAUCUGACAUGCAGUGCACAAGUUCCAUAAAUCUAUUUUGCAUAUUUACAAAAUUAUGCCCCUUUUUUUGUCUUAGCAGUGAAAGGAAUGAAACUUUACACACUUGUCUAUUGUCAUGAGCUGAUAUGCAUUGUACAGGUUCCAUAACCCUGUUUUGCAAUUUUACAAAAUUAUGCCGCUUUUUUCGACUUUAAUAUUCAUUCAAUUGACAAGGCUGUUGAAUAGUUGAGCAUUGCUGUCCUCAAACAGCUCCUGUUAUUAAAGGUUGUAAUAUAUGGUAUGUAGACUUUGUGAAUGUUGCAUUUUGUUAGAGUCUAAUCAUAGAUUGUUAUUUUCUUUUCUUUUUUACAUAUUUUUGUAAAUUGGUAAAUUGUUAGUGUGUUUAUUGAAUGUUUCAUUUUAAUUAGAAAAUUUGCUUUGCUGUACAUUUUUGUAGCUUACAAUAUUGAAAUUGUUUUACAUGAAAUAGAGACUAGCAUAUAAGUUUAUUUAUAGUAAUCAAGAACUUACAAAGAAAUCCAUUAAAGUAAUAGAACUGUAAUGACAAUCAACUAUUUCCAUGCGAUUACAUAUCCAUCAUCCUCCGUAUGCGAAACAUAUCCUCCGUAUGCGAUACAUAUCCUUUGUACGCGAUACAUUAUCCUCCGUAUGUGAUACAUAUCCUCCAUAUGUGAUACAUAUCCUCAGUAUGCUAUACAUGUCCUCCGUAUGCGAUUUCAGCAUUCUUCGGCCAUAACAGAAAUUACUUUUCAUGAUAAUUGGAGAGUGCUGAAAUUGCAUACUUAAAUAUAUGGAAAUGAUGAUUUUCAUUACAGGUUCACUACCUUAGAUUAUUCAACAGCUAUUUUGUACCCACCUGUUUACAAUCAUUAUUCAUGGUGCCUUAUUCUCCUUUCUUUAUGUGAUUAUAUUAUUGCUGUAACAAAUGAAUAGAAGUUGAGAUUUCUACAUGUUUGUCAGUAAUUCCAGGUAUUUCCAGUAUUUAAUUAAAAUGUCCAGUAAUUUAAUCACGUGUAAACAGUCUAGAAUUUUAACUUUAGAAAUAGGUUUUACAGGUGCUUUAUCGAUGUGCAUACUUAAAUAUUGUUGAAAAAUAACAAAAUAUUUCUGACUUUUCAUCCCAAGAUCCUAUUUCGAAUUACUGAAGAUUGGAUAUUUCACCAUUUGAUGAUAAUCCGGUACUUAUUUGCUUCUGCUUUGUUAGGAAUUUGCUGCUCUUAACUACUUAAAAUGCUGGACAUGAACAUCUGAAGUAUCCAUGCAUGUUUUAAAUUUGCUAGCAGCAACAUUAACAAAUACACUGGACCAGGGCUGACUCAAGCAAUGAUGGAUUGCGCACGUAGGUUCGAUCAAGCAUUCCAUGUUGACCCAGGCUGUUUUUCUAUGUUAGGAGCACUUUAAACCCUGGAUAACUAGAGUAUUUUGCUCAUCCCCUUGUUUUACUUUAUUCCUAGGGGUAAAAUUUGCAUGUAUUACCAAAUCUACAAUGGACAAUGAAGUCCUAUAUAUCCCUGAAUACAUACAAAUUUGAAAUCUCAAUCUUUACAGUGUCCGAUAUAUUAUUACAUAUUACAUAUAAUUAUGUAAAUAAGAAUCAUGAUGUCCCGAGUUUAUAGUUAUGUGAUACAAAGAUAGUUUGGUUAUUUAUACAUGUUUAGGGAUGUGAUUAUUUUUGAUACUAAUAUAGAUUAUAGUUUUUUUUGGAAGAAUUAAACUUUUGUAAAUGGC